GCAGCGCGACGCGGCGACGCAGCGCUGGGCGAGACCCCCCCCCCGGCCCCUCUGCAUGGCGCGGCCCUGAGGGGACGAUGACCGACCAGGAGAACAACAACAGCAUCUCCAGCAACCCUUUCGCCGCGCUCUUCGGCUCCAUCGCUGACGCCAAGCACUUCGCCGCUGUCCAGAAGCAGCAGCAGCGGCGGCAGCUGACAGGUGAGGAGGCUUCUGUCAGCCAAGAUGACUCUGACAACAGCGUCUCAGAGAGCCUGGACGAGUGCGACUACUCGGUGGCAGAGAUCAGCCGCUCCUUCCGCUCGCAGAGGGAGCUGUGCGAGCAGCUCAACAUCAACCACAUGAUCCAGAGGAUCUUCCUCAUCACCCUGGACAACAGUGAUCCCAGCAUGAAGAGCGGGAAUGGGAUCCCAGCACGCUGCGUCUACCUGGAAGAAAUGGCCACAGACCUGGAGGACCAGGACUGGCUGGACAUGGAGAAUGUGGAGCAGGCCCUGUUUGCCCGCCUGCUGCUGCAGGAGCCGGGAAACCACCUGAUCCACAUGACCUCCUCCAGCACACAGAACCUCUCUGCCGACCGGGACGCCGGGGAGAGGCAGAUCCUGUGCUACCUCUACGCCUGCUUCCAGAGGGCAAGGGAAGAGAUAACCAAGGUGCCAGAGAACCUGCUGCCCUUCGCCAUGCGCUGCCGGAACCUGACGGUUUCCAACACUCGCACUGUCCUCCUCACCCCGGAGAUCUACAUCAACCAAAAUGUGUAUGAGCAGCUGGUGGACCUGCUGCUGGAGGCACUGAGGGGGGCACACUUCGAAGACGUGACCGAGUUCCUGGAGGAGGUGAUAGAAGCCUUAACAAUGGACGAGGAGGUGCGGACCUUCGGGGAGGUCAUGGUACCUGUGUUUGACAUCCUCUUGGGCAGAAUCAAGGACUUGGACCUUUGCCAGAUCCUGCUCUACACGUACCUCGACAUGCUGCUCUACUUCACGAAGCAGAAGGACAUUGCCAAGGUUUUUGCAGGCUACAUCCAGCCCAAAGAUCCCAGCAAUGGGCAGAUGUACCAGAAGACUUUGCUGGGUGCCAUUUUAAACAUCUCCUGCUUGUUGAAGACCCCUGGUGUUGUGGAGAACCAUGGCUAUUUCCUGACCCCGUCCCGGUCCAGCCCACAGGAGAUCAAAGUGCAGGAAUCCAACAUCCAUCAGUUCAUGGCCCAGUUCCAUGAGAAGAUCUACCAGAUGCUGAAGAACCUGCUGCAGCUGUCUCCAGAGACAAAGCACAGGAUUCUCUCCUGGCUGGGAAACUGCCUCCACGCCAAUGCAGGCCGCACCAAGAUUUGGGCCAACCAGAUGCCAGAGAUCUUCUUCCAGAUGUACGCCUCGGAUGCCUUCUUCCUCAACCUGGGAGCUGCCCUCCUCAAGCUGUGCCAGCCCUUCUGCAAACCAAAGUCUCCGAGGUUGCUGACCUUCGACCCUACGUACUGUGCCCUGAAGGAGCUGAACGAAGAGGAGAGGAGGAGCAAGAACGUCCACAUGAAAGGUCUGGAGAAGGAAACAUGCUUGAUUCCUGCUCUGAGUGAGCAAGAGCCAGAGUUUGCCAACAGCUACAACCUGGUGACAGAAAACUUGGUCCUCACACAGUACACCCUUCACUUGGGGUUCCACAGGUUGCAUGACCAGAUGGUGAAGAUCAACCAAAGCCUCCACCGCCUGCAAGUGGCAUGGCGGGAAGCUCAGCAGAGCUCCAGCCCUGCUGCCGACAGCCUCCGGGAGCAGUUUGAGCGCCUGAUGACCAUCUAUCUCUCCACCAAGACAGCACUGACAGAGCCGCAGAUGCUGCAGAACUGCCUGAACCUGCAGGUGUCCAUGGCUGUCCUGCUGGUGCAGCUGGCUGUGGGGAACCGUGGGACGGAGCUGCUCCAGCUGAGCUUCCCCCUGCCUGAGGUGGAACUCAGCGUCUUGGCCUACGUGCCAGAAUUCUUUGCCGAUAACCUGGGUGACUUCUUCAUUUUCCUGCGCCGUUUUGCUGACGACAUCUUGGAGACAUCUGCCGACUCCUUGGAGCAUGUUCUUCACUUUGUUACUGUUUUCAUGGGCGACGUGGAGAGGAUGAAAAAUCCUCACUUGCGAGCUAAGCUGGCAGAGGUGCUGGAGGCUGUGAUGCCUCACUUAGACCAGGCCCAGAACCCGCUGGUCUCGAGCGUGUUUCACCGCAAGCGCGUGUUCUGCUCGUACCAAAACGCUGCCCAGCUGGCCGAGGCGCUGAUCAAGGUCUUUGUGGACAUUGAGUUCACGGGUGACCCGCACCAGUUUGAGCAGAAGUUCAACUACCGCCGCCCCAUGUACCCCAUCCUGAGGUACAUGUGGGGCAUCGACUCCUACCGGCAGAGCAUCAAGGCUCUGGCUGAUUAUGCCUCGGAGAACCUGGAGGCUAUGAACCCUCCUCUCUUCUUGCGCUUUCUCAAUUUGCUGAUGAACGAUGCCAUUUUUCUGCUGGAUGAAGCCAUACAGUACCUCAGCAAGAUUAAAAUUCAGCAGAUCGAGAAGGACCGUGGUGAGUGGGACAGCCUGUCCCAGGAGGCUCGCCGUGAGAAGGAGUCUAGCCUGCAGAUGUUUGGCCAGCUGGCGCGCUUCCACAACAUCAUGUCCAAUGAAACCAUUGGCACUCUGGCCUUCCUGACCUCGGAAAUUAAGUCCCUGUUUGUGCACCCUUUCCUUGCUGAGCGCAUCAUCUCCAUGCUCAACUACUUCCUGCAACACCUGGUUGGGCCUAAAAUGGGAGCUCUGAAAGUCAAGGAUUUUAGUGAGUUUGACUUCAAGCCGCAGCAGCUUGUGUCUGACAUCUGCACCAUCUACCUAAACCUCGGGGAUGAAGAAAACUUCUGUGCCACGGUGCCCAAGGACGGCCGCUCCUACUCCCCCACGCUCUUUGCCCAGACUGUACGGGUUCUGAAGAAAAUCAACAAGCCUGGCAACAUGAUAGUGUCUUUCAGUAACCUGGCUGAGAGGAUCAAGUCUCUUGCAGACCGCCAGCAGCAGGAGGAAGAGACGUAUGCAGACGCCUGUGAUGAAUUCCUGGAUCCAAUCAUGAGCACCCUGAUGUCGGACCCCGUGAUCCUGCCCUCCUCCCGUGUCACCGUGGACCGCUCCACCAUCGCCCGGCACCUCCUCAGCGACCAGACGGAUCCUUUCAACCGGAGCCCCCUCACUAUGGACCAGAUCAGACCAAACACAGAGCUCAAAGAGAAGAUCCAGCGGUGGCUUGCAGAGAGGAAAAAGCAGAAGGAGGAGCUGCAGGACACACUGAACUGAACACCAAGAUCUCAUCCAUAGACCUCUACAAUCACUGGCGAGAGAAAUGCCUUGCAGGGGCAGCAGCUGAGGCUCCAGAGCAUCUUAAUUGAGACUGUGUUUAGUGCAUUGCCACCGCCUCCAGAGCCUCUCCUAGGACCUCCCCUUCCAUCCCUUCUAUAUUUUCCUUUCAAGACUUACUCUUUAAUACUAAGACUUUCCACUGCACUACAGCUUUGAGCCUCUGCCUCGGGGGAAGACCACAGCCUCCACUGAGCGACCUGGCGCCCCAGCCUGCUGUUUCUAUGUGUUCUUUUCCAGCGACACCAAAACCCUCCCUCUGUUCUGUUGCUGCGUUUAAACCCUGUAACUGUAUGUGAAGGCAAUGCCUCUGCAGCUGCUCCCUGGGUUAGAUGUAGGCACGGACUGGAGUGGGACCGUUAUUCCAACGUGUACACACCCGUUGCUUAGCAGGGUUUAUUUUCCAGAUGAUCAUUGGGGAACGGAGGGGCUGUUAGAAAUUAAAUAUAGCGAUGAUCUUGCA